UCUUCUUCUGACAACAUGGAGGGGAGGCUGCGGUGCUCACUGCUGGUCUUUAAGACCUCCUGAUAGGCGGUUGAAACUUACUCAACAGCAACACACAUUCACGGAUAACAUUCAAAUAUUAUUCAUUUCUAAAGCCCAGGAGAUGGCAGAGGAGUUUAAAGUAUUGGAGUGUCUGAAAGAAAAUAUUCAGGAAGUGUUAGAACAUGGACGACAACUGCUAUGCUAAGAUGGCGACACGAAGAGAAGACGGAGAAGAGUCAGCGUCACCAACUACCAGCAACUCAUCAACGGAGAAAAAGCUGAAAACUGUAGAUAAAGACGUCCAGCAGCUGAUUGGUCAUAAAGAAGAAGGGAUCUCCACAUUAAGACAGGAGAAUAUCCAUUUCCUUCAAGUUACAGAGGAAAGAGAGGACCUCCAGAUUAGUCAGGAUGUGUGUCUUCCAGAGCUGAAGGAGGCUGAUCCCACCAAGUUGCCGUUGACUGUUGUCUCUGUGAAGACUGAAGACCACGACGACAAACCCCAAGACCAGAAGCUGACUGGUCAUCAAGGGGAACAUUCCUUUGAUACCACUUUGAAGCAGGAGAAUCCCGAUUCCCUCCACGUUAAAGAAGAAGAGAAGGAACUCUGGAUCACUCAAGAGCGAGAGUGUCUUCUCGGGCUGGAAGAGGCUGAUCCCGCCAAGUUGCCACUGACGGUUCUCUCUGUGACUAAAGACAAUGAAGACAAACUACAAGCAGACAACCUCUUAGCUCCACUAUCAGAUAGUGAGGCUGAAGACUUGGUUGGAGAACCUUUAAGCAGCGAUACAGACUUCGGGAGUGAUAUGAGGACUCACACUGACAACAAACACUCUGAAUGCUCUAAAAAUAAGACCGGUAAAAAGGUAUUUAUCUGCUCAGUGUGUGCCAAAAGCUUUGCUCAAAAGGUCUAUUUGACCCGACACAUGAAAAGACACACUAGAGAAAAAGCAUUUAGUUGUUCAGUUUGUGGUAAAAGGUUCGUUGAAAAGAAAAAUAUGGUAAGACACAUGAGAACACAUACAGGAGAAAAACCCUUCAGUUGUUCUGUCUGUGGUAAAAGAUUCGCUCAGAAGGCACACAUGGUGAAACACAUGAAAAGGCACACGGGAGAAAAACUCUUUAGUUGUUCAGUUUGUGGUAAAAGUUUCUUUGAAAAGAGAGAUAUGGAAAGACACAUGAGAACGCACACAGGAGAAAAACCCUUCAGUUGCUCUUUCUGCAUUAAAAGAUUCACUCAGAAGGGAGCUCUGUUAGCACACAUUCACACGCACACGGGGGAAAAAGUCCAUAUUUGUUCAGUUUGUGGGAAAAGAUUCUAUCAUAAUUCAAGUAUGGUAAGACACAUGCACAUGCACACAGGCGACAGACUCUUUAGUUGUGUAGUUUGUGGUAAAAGAUUCCUUCUAAAGUCAGGUGUGGAAACUCACAUGAGAACACACACGGGGGAAAAGCCCUUUAGUUGCUCUGUCUGCAGUAAACGGUUCGCUCAAAAGGGAACUAUGGUAAAACACAUGAGAACGCACACGGGAGAAAAACGAUUUAUUUGUUCAGUUUGCGGGAAAGGAUUCGCUCAGCAGUCCGUUAUGGUAAAACACAUGAACACGCACACGGGAGAAAAACCCUUUAGUUGUUCGGUUUGCUGUAAAAGCUACGCUGAAAAGAGAGCUCUUGUAACACACAUGAGUAAACACUCGGCACAAUGACCCUUCCGUUGCAGUUUGUGGUAGAAGUUACAAAUUAAGGCACAUCUGACUGACCACAUGCGGAUAAUAACAUGUUUUCCUCCCUAAUUUGUGGUAAAAGAUUGUCAAAACGUAGAAGUGCAAUGUCAUAUUUGUGUAAUCUCAUGAAAAGUGAUGAUCUGCUGUAUGUUCCCUCAUGACAAGAUGAAUGGUGACAUUUACCUCACCUUCCUUCUUUUGGAUUACAGAAUUGGACAUCAGUGAUCAUGGAAUUGUGUUGUGUCCAUGUUUUAGACACAUAGUAUAAGUUACAAGAUAUAGUCAAUUUUUAACAAAAUGUACAUUUGUUUUAAUACAGAAAUGGGAACUGUCCUGUGAUGCAAACAUAAAAUUACGGAGACAAUGGCUAUCUAUUCUAAAAGGUGUCCUUUUUUAGGGAAAAAAAUCCUAUUACUGACUUCAGCAGAUACAACAUUUUGAUAACAAUCUAUUGUGAUGAGAAGCUAAACAAAGGAGUAUGUUUAAAAUAGUGACGACUCAGUAGUUACUAGUGUUAGUGCAGCAAAGGGUUUCAUUUCACCAAACAGCAAUGUCAAGUUGUUGUCGCCUCAGACUCGAGCACAUGGUGGGCAAACAAACGUAUUUGUAGAAAGAAAAAAGAAAGAAAAAAUUACAGAAUUGCUAAAGUGAAAAAAAGCUGUUUAAAAAUGAGGAGAAAAGUUGCUGCUGCUGUCAACAACAGGAUUGAAUUUGCAGUGACCACUUUGUCAAUAUCUAUAUAAUAAAAUGCUCACGCCUGUUUAUGAUUGAUUUUACGUUUCUUAUUCUCCCUACUCUUAUGUAUGUAUGAGCAGUUUUCUUUUGGAAAGUUCCACAUGCGAUGGAUUUGUGUGUUG